GUGGAGUGGGAGAGAAUGAGGGGGGAAUGAAUAUUUUUGGGGAAAUAGCAGCCAGAAAUUAGAUGGCAGCCAAAACGCCUUGACGAACAUUAGUGAGACCCCGAGGGAUUAAGUAUCUGUGUGUGUGUGGAUAUAUUGAAGCACUUUGCAAACUCUUGCAAUUGACCUGUGUCUUAAAAUGACCACAUUAACAAGCCGCAUGAGUUCACCUUUGCUAUAAUGCCCAAGAAAUAAGACAAUUAGCAACCUGGCUGGUAUUUCAAACCCGCGGCUACACCACUACAAAUUCUCACCUGCAGAUGGCAGCUCCUGUUUGUUUUGGAAUAUAAUAUAAAAUUAAUAAUCGAUAUGUUGUACGUCAAAAUUCCCAUUUGCUGAUGUUACUGUCGAUGUUGAAUGAUGUGAAGACCUUGGAGGAGUAGGUGAGGGCUGGGAACACCCCCAUGCAGGAGCUUUGUCGGAUUGUUAAAAGACCUCAGAGUGGAUGGACUCAUUAACGCAAGAUGACAGUGGGGGAGGCAGGAAGAUGGGGUUGGCGAGACUGGCAAAAACUCGCAACUUGUCUGGUAGUUUGAACAGUCUGCAGACGAUGGAGGGAAAACCAGAUGAGAAAGAUGUGUGUACUAAUAAUUCAAUAACAUUAAUAACAUCCUCUGUCUCGUCGUCGUCGUCUCCUGUAAUUCCUGCCGUGAUCCUUGUUACCCCAACCCAAUCAUCCUUAUUUCCUGCAGAUCUCAACAGUCCUAAUGACACCCAACGAUCACUCGAUCCACCAUAUGAUGUACAAGUAUCACCCAUGCGCAGCCUUAGUAAACAGAGCGCAGCAGUGAACUUGUUGCCAAAUAAAAUGAAUGUAUCGGAGCUGAGUGGCCAACAAGCAAGUGAUCGUAAAGGUAAAAGUGCAAGUCUGGAGGAAGAUGUGCUAUCCUUGGAUUCAACAGGGUAUACACAUGUUCCAUGCAGUGAUCCAGAUUUUAUUCGUAAUACAAAAUCUGGAAUUAGAGCAAACCAGUGUAACCCUGUUGCAAAUCAGAAGGGUAUUACUGAUAAUUAUGAACAGCAAGGCGACAGGUCUGUUAAUGCAUUUGAUAAAGAUUCUCCCGUAAUGAAGACUGAAAGCACAUCAAGUGUAACUCCCAAAUUAUCUCCUCUACUUUCUCGCCGUUCUCGUUUAGCUCCUCCACAGGUCAAGCGUUCAAGUUCAAUGACCCGUCUGACAGAAGCUAUUAACCAAAUACACAAUCUGUGCGUGUUUCCUGCUCAGCCAGUGCCUGUAGAUCAAAUGAAUGAAAAGGUGGCAGAGCGCACUCCUAAGUCUCCCCGUGCAUCUGCAUCCAUACGCCAUCAAAUGUCUGAGGUAAACAGUAGCGUUACCCUUACACCUCUCAUUGCCACAAUCCCUAGAACUGACCAAGUGUGUGCCCUGUCUCCCAACCUCGCCAGACAUCCAGCAUUUAGAGAGAGCUCGAGAGAAAAUAGAAAGUCAUGCACAAAUUCCACAGAUAUUUUUGCAUCCCAGUUUGAAAGAGUUCCUAAUUCCAUAACAGAUCUUGAAUAUUUAAUACAUUCACAAAGUGUGUCUAGUCCAAAGAAAGUGCCAUCUAGUCAACUUAAUACUAAUGUUUUUGAGAAUGGUUUUUAUACUUCUUGUCCUUUAAGAACUAAACAUCAAAUACCUAGUGCUAGUAGUAAAGCUUCGAGCUCAAAUAGUGAACCUUUGGAUGUUGAGAGUUCCAGGAGUGUUAACAGUAAACAUAGGCCAAAUGAUUCUAAAGAUGAAAAGAAAUUAAGAAGAAACAGUGGCCAGAGAAGUGAUAACACCCCGAAGAGCGACAGUGGUCCUGCUGAAUUAAAGCAUGCAAGCACAGCUCCUGACAAAUUAGCAAAUGAGGAUCACUCCCUUUAUAGUGCAUCAUGCCUGCAGUCUGAUCUGGAACAGGGAUUUUCUGGUCGGUCAGUAUCAUGGUAUGGAUACAAGAAAUCAAGUGAUGGCUCUGAAGGAAAUGAAAGGGAACACAAGGAUCAUGAUGUGCUGGACUCUUCUCUUCAAACGUGCCGUUCAGCCUCUCUAGACGAACUGAGCAGCAUUGAUCACUCUUACGGGCUACCUAUGAUAUCACCGGUGGAUGCAAAGAAAAAGAACUAUCUUUUUGGAGGUUUGAGUAGCCUGUUUGGGGCAUCAGAGUUAGACCGCUACUUUCCUACACGCAGCAUUAACAUCUUUAUUGCAACUUGGAACAUGAAUGGCAAGGAGCCACCAAUGAAUCUAGAAGCUUUUUUGCUUCCUGAUGAAAUGGACCACAUGCCUGACAUGUUUGUCGUUGGCACACAAGAGUCUGGUGGAAGCCGCUCCGAGUGGGAGGUACGCUUACAGGCUACCAUUGGUCCCUCUCAUGUACUCUUUACCUCAGCUAUAUUUGGUGUUCUCCAUCUCACCAUAUACCUACGUAGAGAUCUCCUCUGGUUUUGCUCAGUUCCAGAAGAAGAUACUUAUAGUCUUCGUCCUGGCAUUGCUUAUAAGACGAAAGGAGGUGUGGGAAUUGGUUUUCAGUUCUUUGGUACUAGAAUCCUCUUCAUAAACUCGCAUCUAACUGCCCAUGAAGAGAAGCAAGCUCUACGAAUCCAAAACUUCCGCAAUAUAACUCGGUCUCUCGAUUUACCACGUCUCUUACCUUCCAAAACUAAACAUAAAGAUGUUACUCAUCGCUAUGAUUGUGUCUUCUGGCUGGGUGACCUCAACUUUCGUCUUGCUGUGAAUCGGGAUCAUGUAUUUGAACGCUUAAAGAAAGCCGGACCCGAGACAUACCAACAUCUUUUGCAGUGGGAUCAGCUCACUCAGGCUCGACGUAAAGGUGAAGCAUUCAGUGAAUUUGAGGAAGGCCCAAUCAACUUUGCUCCAACAUUUAAGUACGAUCCUGGCACUGACCAUUAUGACACAUCUUCCAAGCAACGUGUUCCAUCCUAUACUGACAGGAUUCUUUUUAAGAGCAACCGAGGAGCUGUCACAUGCUACAGUUACGAUUCCUGUCCAGUGUUCAAGACAUCAGACCAUAAACCAGUACUAGGUGCCUACCACUGUAAGAUAAGACCCGGCAAAGAUGAUGUUCCUCUGGCGGCUGGAUUAUUUAAUCGAGAUGUAUACCUUGAAGCUUUAAGGCGAAGACGCCGAUUCCUGUAUCAGCCAGCGAUGCGCAACUGUCCAGUGCAGUAAAUAUCAAGAUCGCUGGCCAACAUGGUGCAUAACUCUCAGAAAAUCAUUACAGUAUGUAUUAUUUGUGUCAUGAAACAGGAUGUAACUAAUUAAGAGUUACAUUUUGGUUGAUAUUGGUGUUCAUGUUUUGUACUUGUUUUUUAUGUCAUGUACAAUACCACUUACAAUCUGUCUUCUUAGGGUCUUGUAAAAUGCAUGCAAAACCACAAUGCAAGUGCUUUGCUGUCCGUAAUAUUGCAUUAAGCACAACAAUCAAGCAUUAUUCUGAAUGUACAGUAUAUACUGUAUUUAGAAGAAUCUCUAAUUACAGGUCUUUUGUGUUUAAUGUUGAUUAUAAUUAAGAACACUUGCACAGUUAAAGGUUUACUCUUCUCCUUAUGAUAAAUGUGCACAUAAAGACAUGAAAAAAUAGUAUUACUAAGUUCAAAUAGACUGUUAAGGUUAUGACACUCACUUUUGAGCAGCGCCACUAACACUUGCAGUGUGAGGGCUCACCCGGGACACCACAGUCUCAGCAUGCUUUGUUAACCUCUACCCCUGUGAAUGCAAAACCCUAUAAAGUGUCAAAGGGAAUACAAGAAGGUGGGCCCAUAUCCAGAACGGGACCUUGAGCUACAUCCCAACCAGGGACAAGAGACGAGGCAGGAGCAUUCAUUACAGAUGUCGCCAACUCCUCAGUUACCUCAGUAAUUACUGACACUGCAAGCCACACACUUGUGAGAGAGUUGAAGAGACAUCCUAGUCAUAAAUACUGUACAAGCUGUUAUAUACAGUAUUCUCUUCAUAAAAAAAAAAAGAGUAUCAAUUCCAACUCCAAAUCAAACUGGAUUGCUAUCGACCUCUGAAACAAGUUAUACAUACAUGGAAAAAAAAAACCUGCACAGAUCAAGAGA